AUGGAUCUGAAAACGGUGAAGGAAGUUUUAGAGGUGAGUAAUGACUUACAAGAUGUUCAGAGUGUAAAAAUGCAACCUUUUGUCUUUUCUUAAUUCUCCUUUUUUUGUGGUUUUGCAUCUGUAGUCAUGCUGUAAAUCAGAAUCACCAACUAACAUUCAGAAGUUGAAAAAUGACAAAAACCUGAUAAAUGGAAUAAUUCAGAACUUACCUGAGCACUACGCACACCAGGUAAGGGGGAGACUCUCCACUUUUACUCUUUAAUGUUAUGUGUAGUAGUAGUGUUUAUCGAUUAACAGCUUUUAAUUAUUACAAUUAUUACACUGUUUUGAAACGUUUAUUUAUUUUGUUUCUCUCUCUGCUUUCUUUACUCCCUCUUUGGAAGGUGUGAUUCUGACAGGCUCUUUUCCGAAGGGAGAAGCUAAGCAGGAUACCAACAGGGCCUUCAGGAUUCCUAUACCCUAAAAUAAUAGGGAUCAUUUUACGUUUCUGUGAAACUGCCCACCUACCCCUCCCCUAAGCCAACAUUUUGCUCUGAGUAAGAACUAAGUGUUAAUGUUGGUUUAGGGGAGGGGUAGGUGGGCAGUUUCCCAGAAACGUAAAAUGGUCCAAUAAUAGUACAGAGGAAUGACACUGAGAUUCCAACACCUUCCACAUGAUGAAAUUCCAAUGACCCCUUUGGGAAAAAUAUAGUUUUGGAGGAAUAUUCUGCAUUUACUCUCCAUCAUACAGUGCAGGACAUAAUUAAAUACAGGUUCAAUUUUUUAUCCUAGGUUGAUUGUCAGUAACCCUAAUUAUUCAUAAUUGUGAAUAAUAUUAUUAUAGCUUGAAGAGAAAAGAAACUGAGAAUUACCACACCUAGUUAAAAAUAUGACUUGAAUUUAAUUUUGACCUUCAAUUUAUGUUUAAUAAUUUUCUCUGACCUUAAGGGCAGACAGUUACUAAUCUAAGCUCUUUGUAUGUGACUUUAUUUACAGUUAAGUGAUCCAGUCUUUAAGAGUCUCUUUGAGUUGUUUCGACAAAGUGGAAAAGGAGAACAGCUGUUUGUUCUUCAGUUUGUUCCUGUGUUAAUAUGGACGUAUUUGUCAGCUUCAACAAGGAGAGAUGAAAAGGUGUGGCUUCUAUACACCUAUUACUGCUAGAAUGAUUCUAUCUAGCUCUCUUCAUUCACUGUAUACAUGUUAAACGUCAUGUAGCACCAAAACAUAAUUAAUGAAAAGAAAGGAUAUAAUGCAACACAUGUCAAAAGUUCUCAUUGUAAAAUAAUUAUUAGCCAAUCAGAUCAGUCCAUUGAACAGUAUAAAUUAUCAUAAUUCCAACAAUAUCAGGGUCAGGAGUUUUUUUUGUAUUAAAUUAUUUUCACAAUUAAACCUGAUAAGAGGAUAGUAAGAACAUUUUUUAACCCUGGUCUCAGAAUCAAAAUAGUAUUAGACUCUCUAAUUUGGGCAUAUAACCUCAAAAGAUAAAAUGUAGAACUACAAUGAUCAACAGAACAUAAUUGACUGGGUGUUUUGGGGGUUUCUAAUGGUAUGCAUGCUCUGGUAGUAUUAUAAGGCUAUCUAGUUAUUGUGGUAUUAUUGUUUACCGGUAAUCUGUACAUUUUUGUAGUUUUUUGACUUGUGCUUGUUAAUAUAAUUUUAAGGCAUAUGGCAAUCUUGAGGCGCUGUUAUUGGCUAUCUACAAUGAAGUGAGUAUUACAUACAAUUUGAGAAUACUUCAGUAAAUUAGUAAUUAAUUGUUUAGCGGGUUCAUACCGUACUUCCCAACACCAUCAUUACAUGACUAAUCACUUUCAUGCUCUUUACUUAGUGUAUCAAGUGUUUGGCAAAAAGGAAGUAUAAGUAUAUUUAGAUGUGGCUGAUGAUUAUAUACAACAUACAGUGAUAUCUAAAUUGGGAACCUGUAAAAUGUUUUAAUCACCAGCAUUAACCAUUUAAAAUGACUGUAUUCCAUUAGUGCCUUACUGUGUAAAGUUUUUCGUUUUACCUAGCAUUUUGUAAAAAUAUGUGAAAAUAGUAACUUAAUUAAAGUCCAUUUUGUUUAAUCUCAUUUGCUUAAACAAAUUAAUGUUGCUAAAUGUACAUGUUAACUAUGAUUGACCACUCCCGGUCAAUUGGCUUACAAUUAUUACAACAAAUCCUGUUUCUUUUGGAUCUGUUCCUGGACAGUGAUUAAAUAAGUCUUCAUAAAGUUCAAAAAUAAGACAGGGCAAAUAAGGUCAAAUGAAAACUAUGGACAGAAACUAGCAAUAAACUUGUUCCAGAAUUAACAAAGAAAAACCUCCUAAAUGUGCUCAUCUUUUAAUUCUGGUGCUUUUAUAUUCUGAUGACAGAUGGUGGAAAUUGAAGAGCAAAAAACCAAAACAUUUAGACUGCCAUCUUUGUCAAGACCUUCAAUUUACCAUGAGGUACAUAUCAGAAUAAUGAUUUUAAACUGUUUUAGUCAGCCACUCUACAAAGUCAUGUAUUCUAUGAACAGAGGGACCCACAAUCCCCUCUCCUUCCCCAGUUCAAUGUUGUAGAAAACACAAAGCUUUUUUAACCAAAGCUUAACUUGGUAGUGAUGGGUUUAAAGCUAGAAAUUUCAGUGCCUCAGGUUUAAUUUUUAAGUUGACCAACCUACGUGGGCAGUUCUGAGCUUCAAUAAGCACCCUAUUUAAGGUCAAGUUUCACUUUUAUAUUAUCAUUCUUUGUAAGGUAAAAAUAACUAUGUGUCUUUAAAUUAACACUAGCCUUACCAAGGACUAACAACCUCGUCAACGCUAACGGAGACAGCACUGAGUCGACAUGAACAGAGUGAGAUGGUUGUAACUUCACCAGGUCCAGGGAGACCACUUAAUAAAAUAACUGGUAUGCACAGGUGAGCAAUGUGAAUCUACAACCUUUGUAAUCCUGAUGGAAUUGGGAGUGGCCAUUAUAUUAUUUUAAUGAUAUUGAAUACAAUGGCUAUUGCCAUUAUAUAUGUAUAUUAUAGUCAUUGGUAAUGGUUAUGCUGGUUGCAGUCAUUUACAUACAUGUGUAUAAUGUUACAGGUCAAAAUUGCAUUCAGGUUAAACUUUUUUGACCUACGGUAAAUUGAUUCUCAAUUUCCUUUGUAUCCUUGUGCAUAUUAUUGAUGAAUUAGGGCACGGAGACAAAGAAAACUGAGAAUCAACCUUUGGUUUAGCCUGAGAAAACAAUGGACAUUUUGCCACGCCACCAACUGUUUCCCCGUGAAAUGACGUCUGAGAAGCGAGUGCAGAAAUUCCAUAGUGCUUCUGACUGGCUGAAACAAAUUUCCCACACGGCACGACCUAUCAGAAGCUCUAUCCAAAUCUGAGUAGUGACAUGUCAUCAGUCUAGAAUUUCUGCACUCGUUUUUCAGACGUCAUUUCAUGGGGAAACGGUUUGUGGUGUUGCGAAAUGUUGGCCCUUUCCUCAGGCUAACUUUGGUUAAAAAAUGAAUUUUAUUUAACCUGAAUUUAAUUUUGACCUUUGACAUGUACCUGCAACAAAUGUAAUAGUGGUGAUGAUUGUAGUGGUGUGAUGAUGAUGAUGAUGAUGAUGAUGAUGGCAAAGGUGGUGGUGGUGUGGGUGGAGAUGAUGAUGAUGAUGAUGAUGAUAAUGAUGAUGGUGGUGGUGGUGGUGAUAAUGAUGAUGAUGAUGAUGAUGACGAUGAUGAUGACGAUGAUGAUGAAAGCUAGGUUUUGGGACAAUAUGUCAUGUAUUUCUCCUUAGCAAACAUUGAACUUGUAGUUCUUCUGAAAAUUUCCAAGAACUGGGUGAUGUACAUGUAGUGUUCACUUUCUUUUCUAGGCUGUCUGUGUUAAGUGCCAUUUUGUACCAGUACAAUGCAAAUAUAGUUUAUAUGACUGAAGCUUCUCACCACAGCUUCUGCAUUAUGGCACUAAGGUAAGGGCUACAUUUGUCAUUCAAUUUUCUGCGAUUUGUCAAACAGGAUAACAUCACUUUUGUGUCACGUUUUAUAAACUGCCCUAGACAUUCUCCAUAUCAGGGGUUUCAAUAAUAAUUGAAGUAGCCAGCAGGUUUGAAUAGAGUAACCGACUGUAUCAAAAGGUGUCUGGGGAUGUCAUUCCCCGGAGAAUUUGGAAAUUUUUUAUAAGCAAUGAAAAAAUGAUGAAAAGUAAAUUACGUACUUUUGCACAUUAACAAAUCCUGCGUAAACCUUGAAAAUUGACUGAAAUAGAGCGUUUACAUGACUAAAGCACAAUGACCAGGGGGCCUUUAUGAAAACACAUCAUAAGUACGUUUUCAUUUAGAUUUUAUGAUAUAUUUUUCGUUUGCAAAGUUAUUUAAACUAGUUCCUUCUUUUUUCUUGAAAAAAGUAGCCCACGCAUUUUGUCAGCAGUGGUGCUUAUUGAAACCCCUGCAUAUGCAACACUACAGCAGUUCAGCAUCAUUGCUCGAAAGUAAACAAAUUUUAUGAAAGAAAUAUAGCUAACAUUUAACUGUUUUUCCUCAAAUCGCUCCUUUGUACAUGUAGAAAUAAAACCAACCAAUCAACUGGUCACUCCAGAGCUGUAGCUCAGCUUUUUCAUUGCUUGUGUCAUACCAUCCUCCUCCUGGUUUCUAUCUGGAGAUUUUCCAAUCCAGCCCAUGUAGUGCGGCUUGGGAGACAACAAAGGCUACACCACUAAAAAUACCCUUAUCCUACCCUAUGUUAGUGGAAUAUAUUUUGUGUGGCUGUUGUUCUUUGUCCAUAUAAACCUCAAAUUACAAAUAACUUGUAUGUACAUGUACCAUGCAGAAUUUCUGUUCCCUAUCAAGGGGCUCUCUUAGGGUGGUGGGGGGUUUGUUAUUCCUAGUAUGAAUUUCAAAUCCGGUCAUUUCCACAUUUUAAGGAAUAGGCCAUGUCCCUGUCAGUAUUUAACCCAUCUUUGUGUCAUUUGUCCCCAUUUCCUCUAGUCUUAUGUCGCUGUUUCAAGGUCAUGCCACUUGUCAGAAUAUAACAGGGCCUCUAACAGGGCCUCUAUUAGAAAAGCGUUACCGAAUUGUUUGAAAUGGGCCAUUUUCCAUGUGAAAUUGUCGAUUUUACUAAAUUCAGCAUGAAGCAGGUUUGCAAACUAAAGAAAAAAGCAAUUCUCAUGUUGACAUUAAGGAUUAAGCUGCAUUGUAUUUUUGCACAAUAUUAUUUUAUUACUGUCAGGUCUGUAAGCAGAACGGAAACAUUACAACAACAAUGAUCUUUAUUUUGACUCUCUCUUGCCUUAUAAGAAAUUACAACAAUGAAUGCUGAGUACUGGCUGCCUGGAAUAACCAUAAAGGCUAGCAGAGGCAGGCAGCCAGUAAAAUCAGACCCCCAUCCCCCCAAAGAGCCGACCUUAUAAGGUGGCUUGAAAGUUUUACUUAACUUAUAUGCUUUAUUCUUUUUUUGUUCCAUUUAGGCUCGCAAAAAGUGGUUUUUAUAAACUUUGUCAAAUUUCUAUACAUCUAGUUCUCUUCAUUUACUGUACACAUGUUAAACGUCAUGUAGCACCAAAACAGAAUUAAUGAAAAGAAAGAAUAUAAAGCAACACAUGUCAAAAGUUCUCAUUGUAAAAUUAGCCAAUCAGAUGAGUUCGUUGAACAGCAUAAAAUAAUUAUCAUAAUUCCAACAAUAUCAAGGUCAGGGGUUUUUUGUGUAUUAAAUUAUUGCCCACAAUUAAACCUGAUUUAUAAGAGGAUAUUUAGAACAUUGUUUUAACCCUGGCCUCAGAAUCAAAAUAGUAUUAGACUGUCAAAUUUGGGCAUAAAACCUCAAAAGGUAAAAUUUAGAAGUACAAUGAUCAACAGAGCAUAAUCGACUGGGUGUUAUUGGGGUUUCUAAUGGUAUGCAUGCUCUGGUAGUAUUAUAAGGCUAUCUAGUUAUUGUGGUAUUGUUGUUUAAUCUGUAUUUUUUGUAGUUUUUGUGACUUGUGCUUGUUAAUAUAAUUACUUUAAGGCCUAUGGCAAUCUUGAGGCGCUGUUAUUGGCUAUCUACAAUGAAGUGAGUAUUACAUACAAUUUGAGAAUGCUUCAUUAAAUUAGUAAUUAAUUGUUCAGCCGGUUCAUACCAUACGUCCCAACACCAACAUUACAUCACUAAUCACUUUCAUGCUCUUUACACUAAGUCUUAGUGUAUCAAGUGUUUGGCAAAAAGGAAGCAUAAGUAUAUUUAGAUGUGGCUGAUGAUCACAACAUACAGUGAUGUCUAAAUUGGGAACCUGUAAAAUGUUUUAAUCACCAGCAUUAACCAUUUAAAAUGACUGUAUUCAAUGAGUGCCUGACUGUGUAAAGUUUUUCAUUUUACCUAGCAUUCGUAAAAUAUGUGAAAAUAGUAACUUAAUUAAAGUCCAUUUUGUUUAAUCUCAUUUGCUUAAACACAAUAAUUAAUGUUGCUAAAUGUACAUGUUAACUAUAUUGACCACUCCAGAAAAUACCAUAAAAUACCAUAAUGCUCUUUGUUUGUCACCCCCAAAAUUUUACAUAAGCAUUGUUUUCAGUUUCUCUUGGGAGUUAAAAUGGCCCCAAGAGAAACUGAAAACAAUGCGUAUGCAAAAUUUUGGGGUGACAAGCAAAGAACAUUAUGGUAUGUGAUGGUAUUUUCUGGAGUAGUCAAUUAGCUUUGUUGGUUACAAUUAUAACAAAUUCUGUUUCUUUUGGAUCUGUUCCUCGACGGUAAUUAAAUAAGUCUUGCGUAAAGUUCAAAAAUAAAACAGGGCAAAUAAGGUGAAAUGAAAACUAUGGACAGAAACUAGCUAUAAACUUGUUCCAGAAUUUAUAAAGAAAAACCUCCUAAAUGUGCUCAUCUUUUAAUUAAAGUGUGGUGCUUUUAUAUUCUGAUGACAGAUGGUGGAAAUUGAAGAGCAAAAAACCAAAACAUUUAGACUGCCAUCUUUGUCAAGACCUUCAAUUUACCAUGAGGUACAUAUCAGAAUAUUUUAAACUGUUUUAGUCAGCCACUUUACAAAGUCAUAAUACUCUAUGAACGGAAGGACCCACAAUCCCCUCUCCUUCCCCAGGUCGAUGUUGUAGAAAACACAAUGCUUUUUAAACCAAAGCCUAACUUGGUAGUGAUGGGUUUAAAGCAAGAAAUUUCAGUGCCUCAGGUUUAAUUUUUAAGUUAACCAACCUACGUGGGCAGUUCUGAGCUUUAAUAAGCACCCUAUUUAAGGUGCAGUUUCACUUUUAUAUUAUCAUUCUUUGUAAGGUGAAAAUAACUAUGCUGUUGUUAAAUUAAUACUAGCCUUACCAAGGACUAACAACCUCGUCAACGCUAACAGAGACAGCACUGAGUCGACAUGAACAGAGUGAGAUGGUUGUAACUUCACCAGGUCCAGGGAGACCACUGAAUAAAAUAACUGGUAUGCACAGGUGAGUAACCUUUAUAAUCGUAAUGGAAAUGGGAGUGGCCAUUACAUUAUUUUAAUGAUACUGAGUACAAUGGCUACUCCCAUUAUAAUAGUCACUGGUAAUGUUCAUGCCGGUUGUAGUCAUGUACAUGCAUGUGUAUAAGUUACAGGACAAAAUUACAUUCUGGUUAAGCUUUUUUAACGUACGAUAGGCUGAUUCUCAAUUUCCUUUGUCUACUAGCGUUUAUUCAUGAAUUACUUAGGGCUAGGAAACAAAGAAAAAUGAGAACUAAACCUUUGGUUAAAAAAAUGAAUCUUAAUGUGAAUUUAAUUUUGACCUUAAACAUGUACCUGCUACAAAGGUAAUGGUGGUGAUGAUUAAUUAAUAGAUAUGAUACAUUGUUAUUAUGUACAUGUAAUUAUGAUGAUGAAGAUCGUGGUGGUGAUAGUGGUGAUACAGUGAUGAUGAUGAUGAUGAUGUUUAUGAUGUUUAUGAUGUGAUGGUGAUGAUGAUGAUGACAGAGGUGGUGGUGGUAGUGAUAAUGAUGAUGAUGAUGAUGAUGAUGAUGACGAUGAUGAUGACAGCUAAGUUUUGACAAUGUCAUGUAUUUCUACUUAGCAAACAUUGAACCUGUAGUUCUUUUGAAAACUGUCAAAAACUGUGUGGUGUAGUCUUCACUUUCUUUUUUUAGGUUAUCUGUGUUAAGUGCUAUUUUAUACCAGUACAAUGCAAAUAUAGUGUAUAUGACUGAGGCGUCUCACCACAGCUUCUGCAUUAUGGCACUAAGGUAAGGGCCACAUUUCUCAUACAAUUUUCUGUGAUUUGUCAAACAGGAUAACAUUACUUUUGUUUCAUGUUUUUAUAAACUAGCCAGGUUUUCCAUAUGGAACACAAGAACACGUUAGCAUUAUUGCUUGAAAGUAAACAAAAAUGUGAAAGAAAUAUAGCAAACAUUUAACUAUUCUUCCUCAAAUCAGGCCUCAUUUAUUCAUGUAGGAAUAAAACCAAUACCUGUACAUGUAGCUCAGCUUUUGUAUUACUUGUGUCAUGCCAUCCUCCUCCUUGUCUUUAUCUAGAGAUUUUCCAAUCCAGCCCAUGUAGUGCUUGGCAGACAACAAAGGCUACACCACUAAAAAUACCCUUAUCCUACCCUAUGCUAGUGGAAUAUAUUGUGUGUGGCUGUUUUUCUUUGUCCAUAUGAACCUCAAGUUACUAAUAACUUAUAUGUACAUGUACCAUGCAGAAUUUCUGUUCCGUAUCAAGAGGCUCUCUUAGGGUAGUGGGGGGUUUGUUGUCCCUAGUAUGGUUGUUUCCAUGUUUUAAGGAGUAGGCCAUGUCCCUGUCAGUAUUUAACCCAUCUUUAUGUCAUUUGUACCCAUUUCCUCUAGUCUUAUGUCUCUGUUUCAAGGUCAUGCCACUUGUCAGAAUAUAACAGGGCCUUUAUUAACAGGGUCUCUAACAGGGCCUCUAUUAAAAAACCGUUACCAAAUUGUUUGAAAUGGGCCAUUUUCCAUGUGAAAUUGCCGAAUUUACUAAAUUCAGCAUGAAGCAGAUUUGCAAACCAAAGAAAAAAGCAAUUCUCAUGUUGACAUUAAGGAUUAUUAAAAUAAGCUGCAUUGUAUUUUUGCACAAUACUUAUUACUGUCAGGUCUGUAAGCAGAACAGAAACAUCACAACAACAAUGAUCUUUAUUUUGACUCUCUCUUGCCUUAUAAGAAAUUACAACAAUGAAUGCUCAGUACUGGCUGCCUGGAAUAACCAUAAAGGCUAGCAGAGCCAGGCAGCCAGUAAAAUCAGACCCCCAUCCCCCCAAAGAGCCGUCCUUAUUUAAGGUGGCUUGAAAGGUUUACUUAACUUAUAUGCUUUAUUCUUUUUUUGUUCCAUUUAGGCUCGCAAAAAGUGGUUUUUAUAAACUUUGUCAAAGAUGUAAAGAAGAAUCUGAGUCCUAUUUUUCAACAGAGGAGGUAACAAAGCUGGUCAAUCACCCAAGAAUCACUCUUAGCACAGAGCUGAUUCAAGAGAUUACACAUGGGCUGUAUUUCCUAAUGUAAGUUGCAAUUUCCAGACCUUAUGUAUCAUUUAAUGUGCCUGUAAAGCUAUGCUUAUCGGUAUAAGAAUCUUCUCUGGUGUCAUUUGAUCCCAGGUAACCAGGUGUCAACAUUGUAAUUAAAGCAUUAUGAUCCCAUAAUUUGCGGUGUAAAUUAUCAAAAAAGUGUAUUCAUUGUAUUGUAUAUUAUGGCCCAAGUUGAUUUCCAGUUACAAUAUGUAACUUCUCAUACAAAUCAAAUGUCAAUAAACAACAAACAACCAGAUGAUUCAUAAAUCAUGAAUAUUAUUUGUGUACAAACAGUCUUCUGUAUAAUUUGUGUAUGUGUUUAAUACAGGUACAAUGGUCAAAGGGUUAUUGCAACUAAGGCUCUAGAAGAUCUCCAUUGGCGUGCAGCUCACAGUCUGUUGGCUCCAGCCCACAUGGUAAGAGAAGGUGUUCUUAGGAAGGGUCCAUCUGCAGUGUCGUGUUCUUUUUAAUGUGAGGUCUCAGAGGUCUUAAAAAGUUGACAGAAAUUCCUAUUUUUUAUCUUAUGAUAAAAUAAUUAUUACUUGUGAAGGUUAAAAGGGUAAACGUGUUUGUCUCGUUUACCACUCUCCACUCCAUCAUUGAUCCCUUUUAUAGGUAUUUAAAACUUCUAAAGCUUCAAAGAAAUAUGUCCAGUAUUGAACUCAGCCACGAAAUAAGCAAAAUUGCUAGUUUUGUAAGCCCAUCAUGAAAACUUGUUAAUUGUGUUAAUUUUCCAUCUGAGUUCAAUCCUGGAUGAAGAAUGUUAAUUUUGUAAAUUUUGUAAAUUUUCUAUUUUUGCAAGGCCAUCUCGAAAAAUUGUUUUUUUUGUAAAUUUUUCAUCCGAGUGCAAUCCUGGACAUAAGUGGUUUCAUGGGAAAGAAAGAAGUGUAAACAAGGAUUUAAAGUCACACCUGGUAAUCAAACUCGGAGCUCUUGCAGAGAAGGCCUGCCACUAACUAGCUAACUGUACCAAUCCGUAGCCCCUUUUUCAGGGAGAAAAUGCAGCCUUUGCAUACCACNGUCUUUUGGCUCCAGCCCACAUGGUAAGAGAAGGUGUUCUUAGGAAGGGUCCAUCUGCAGUGUCGUGUUCUUUUUAAUGUGAGGUCUCAGAGGUCUUAAAAAGUUGACAGAAAUUCCUAUUUUUUAUCUUAUGAUAAAAUAAUUAUUACUUCUGAAGGUUAAAAGGGUAAACGUGUUUGUCUCGUUUACCACUCUCCACUCCAUCAUUGAUCCCUUUUAUAGGUAUUUAAAACUUCUAAAGCUUCAAAGAAAUAUGUCCAGUAUUGAACUCAGCCACGAAAUAAACAAAAUUGCUAGUUUUGUAAGCCCAUCAUGAAAACUUGUUAAUUGUGUUAAUUUUCCAUCUGAGUUCAAUCCUGGAUGAAGAAUGUUAAUUUUGUAAAUUUCGUAAAUUUUCUAUUUUUGCAAGGCCAUCUCGAAAAAUUGUUUUUUUUGUAAAUUUUUCAUCCGAGUGCAAUCCUGGACAUAAGUGGUUUCAUGGGAAAGAAAGAAGUGUAAACAAGGAUUUAAAGUCACACCUGGUAAUCAAACUCGGAGCUCUUGCAGAGAAGGCCUGCCACUAACUAGCUAACUGUACCAAUCCGUAGCCCCUUUUUCAGGGAGAAAAUGCAGCCUUUGCAUACCACAACAUAAACUGCUAAAAAUCCCUUUUAAAUCAAACUUGGGCAUGCUCUGCAAGAUCGUUGAGGAGGAUAAUGCUAGACGAGUCAUUUGUUCAGUCCCUAUAUUUUGCCCUAUUCAUCCGCUCGAUUUCAAGCCUAUGUGACAAUCCCAAAGGGCUUGCUGGUGGUCUAAUAUAAUUAUUAUAUUGUUUAUAGUGAACUUACUCUUUUUAAUGACUAAUGGCUAUGAUACAAGACAUUAUAAUGAACCGCUAUUCACAGAAAACAAACGUGGUCAAAUACGUAGGAAAGUGUCCAGAAAAAGAUCAAUGUUGUCAGGCGAUGGGAGAAAGCUGUAUUCGGAGGCUAAGUAAUUUUUGCCCUUUUUGGGUUUGAAAGAGCAACCUUUCACUGGUAAGACACUAGAACAAAUUCUGCAUAUUAAGUUUUUUUUUGUUUUUGUUCUUUUUUUUAGUUGACCAGUGCCAUCAAACAUUCAUUAGAGGAAACAGGAGGUCUCCCUAGGGAUGGUCCCUUGGGACUGGAGAUAUACCUAUCAGAUACACAGGAAAACCAAGCUAAUAGUGGUAAGGCAGUGCCAUCAGUAGGUCUCCCCAGCAUGGAUGCACCAGAUUUAUACUUUUCAGAUGAAGAGUCUUAUGUCUCCUGUUUGGAGAAUGUUGUUGAUGAUGAUAAUGAUAAUGAUAACGGUGAUUAUGAUUAUUAUGAUGAUGAUGCUGGUGGUGUGUUUACUGACACAGCUGGUUCUCUUGAUGGCAAAACUAAAAAAUACCUAACAACGUGGUUAUAAUGAUAAACUCAGAGAAGUGUGCUCACUAUGAUUCGUGAAGUAAUGCUUUAAAAACUUUCACUGUAAAAUCGGAAUUAGAAUCAAUGUUAACUUUCCAGAAUUAGCCUUAAACAAGUUUGCCUGAGGAAUUAGAAGAAGGAAAGUUAUUUGUAUUUGUGACAGCUUAGGCCCUGUUUAUAUGGAAAAAAGUUGUCCCGGUAAAAAGGAAAUGUGGGAAAAAGUGGCUCGUCCUCGGUAGCUUGCGUUCUCGAGUGACCUUUUUGCCUUGAACAAGUUUUCUCCAUAUGAACGGGACCUUAGUAAAACAGUGUCGCAAACAGUCGCAGUUUACUAAAGCUGGAUCGCAUGCAAUGUGCCCCAAUAAUUUUUUCAACCUCUCACAUUUGUUCCUUUUUGAGUCACUCAUGAUCACAAACAAAAUGCAAGACAAGAAUUUCUUUCUGUCUUGAGUUUCAAUAAUUGUUGAAACAACUAAGAAAGAAUGAUAUGGAAAUAGCUGCUGCAAGAAAGAACACAACUGAUUGGGUAGGCAAGAAAAGGAAAACCCGGCGGGCUUAUUUCUUCACCCUGUCCCUUUCAAAGGCCUGCCGCAAAGGCUUAAAAAAGGGUAUACACUCAUGCACCAUGGAACACUUUACUUGUGAGAGCCCAGUUGUUCAAACACAGGAUACUGCUGGCCCCGGUUGUGCAUAUGCUGGAUAGUACUAGCCAGCAGAUAAGUAUCAGAGAAACCAACUGCGGCAUCCGGUGGAUAGAGAUAACUGACUUAUCCAGUAGAUAGCGCUAUCUACCUUUGGAACCACUGUAUCCUGCAAAAACAGCCGUCUUUCCUUGCUCCUCCCCAAUUAGGACGUUUCGCCAGGAGAGACUUCUGCGCCUCAGCGACUGAAAUUCCAUACUGAUGACGUAAGUUCAUGUUUGCAUAAUUAAUCCGGUAGCCCUGGGUUGCAAAUAUAAAUUUGUUCUAUUUUGUUUCUCCUGAUCGAUUUUGGUAAAGUUUUGUGUUCCUCGAACAAGCUCCAGCAAAACUCAAAUGCUGCUUCAAAAGAAGAAUAUGUUCUACGAAUAGUGACUGUUUUGUGAGACACGUCGACCAAUCAGGGCUCCCGACCAGAUUCCGGACAGAAUUAACGCCAUCAGAAUGGAUUUCUAUCGCCUAUGCGCAGACGUCUCUCCUGGCGAAAUGUCCCAAGCGGCGAGGAGUGAGGAGAGACGGCUGUUUUUGCCGGAGAGUGCAAUUGAUGCCAGGUGGAGAGUGCUGUCCAGUGGAUAAUCGUUAAGAGAAACCAGUUGCAUUAUUCACUGGAUAGAGCCUUAUUCUGUAUAAAUACUAACCACCCUUUGAACAACUGGGGCCAAGUUGACUGGCAUUAACUGGAGAGGGACGCCCAGGUUCUUGCUCAUUGGGAUGGGAGGAAAUACUGUGAAAUCUCGAUUUAACGAACCUCUAUAUAACGAAGUCCUCGGUAUAAAGAACUAUUUUCUUUACUUCAGUAAUAGCAGAAUAUGUGAAAAAGAACCACGACAUAACGAAACCUCUUUAUUGCGAUCACAAUUUGCUAGUCCCUUGGCGCUUCAUUAUAUCGAGGUUCCACUGUGUGGUACUGUAAUACCUGGUAGCACAUCAGGCCAGAGAAUAAUGCGAUCAAUGUUUGCGACGCUGUCACAUAUUUAUUAAUCCCAACGUAGUAAUGAAACUGUCCAGUGAUAUUAGUAAACUCCAGCGAAACUGAGAUACUAAAAUAAAUAAUAUAACAUAAUCAUAUAGUCCAUAUACAGUAAUAUCAUAAAAACCCUUCAAAAAAUACAGAUGUAAUCCUUACAAUAUCAAGUAUUAAAGUACGUAAUGCUUUUGUUUUGUGUACAAAGAAAUCUAUCAACCGCUUAAAAUAACAAGUAUUAAAACUGUUAUAUUAAACCAAAAUAAUUUAAAAUGUGACUGCAUAAGCUGAUAUAUCUAUCUUUGUUAGUUUGCGUGUGAUUAGCCUGUUUGUAAAUUUCGCGUUAAAAAAUGUAAUCUGAUAUCGUAUAUAUAAUUUAUAAUUGAGUGCCUUUUUUAUUUUAUGCGGUACUAAAUAAAAUAAAAAUAAUGUAAUAAUCUACCUGUGUGUCGAGUAAAAAAAAUCUUACCGUUUUUGUAGAUAAGGCUUUUACCCUAAUAAACCGUGGCUUCCGGUCGGAAUUGAUAAGGAUUCCGAUAAGCUGCUCAGGCCUGUUGGUAGCCAGAGUAGAGGGAAUAAGUAGGGAGCACUUAACAAGAAAAAGGAAAAGACAAGAGUUCAUUAAGAUGCCCCCUAGCGUGAUAAUCAGGCGUUUCUGGGGGAGGGGGUGGGGUGGUGUGGGGAGAAGAAGAGAAAAGCGAUAGCGGGAGACAGCGGAGAGAGAGACACCUUUCUCCUUUCUCUCUUUCCUCCUCCCCCCUCUAAAAUCUCCUCUACCCUGGUCAAUAAGGAAUGCCCGAUACUCAGGCUAGAGUUUCCCCCAGAGAUUACCCCCCUUUGCGCGCCCUUACUCUUCCCCUUUUAACGCCUGUCACGCAGGUUAGAAGAUCCCCUGCUUUACCUUCCGCCCGUUUUUCCCCUCCUCUUCGCUGCUUUCUGUCUGCGUCUGUCAACUAAGCUUCAUGGAGUAGCCUGUCUAACAAGCGUUAUUUUUUCACGUUUUUUAGGCGAUUGUUACUUCGCGCUUUUCUGCGGUCGCUUGAAAAGUACGAAAAGACAACGCCUGUUUUGCAGGCACUAUAUCUGAGACAGGCUAUUUCGAAGGUCUCGUGUCCUUGGUAAAAUGGGGCGAUUUGGGUGCAUGGUGCAAAAUGUGGAGAGCGCAGCGCGGUGAACCCGUUCGCUGCGCGUUGAAAUUUUCCAUAAUAAAACAUAAAAGAAAAGUAGAAUUAAGGAAAUGAUCUUGAAAUACUAGCAAAAGAGGCCUUGGUAGGUUAGCAAAUUCUCCUCAUUAGUAACACGGGUAUAUAUGGAGAAAAAAAGUGGAGAAUGUAUGUUAAUGGUAGCGGUUUUUAAAGGUUAAGCUGUGGUAACAACGGGAAUGACUUCCACACUGUUUUCAUGUAGCGUGAAAGAGUCUUUGCCGUUACCUUCGUUUCCCUCGUACUGCUUUUCCGAGGAGAAGUUAGAGUUUGGACAAAAUUAGUUGAUGGUGAAAGGAUAGUUGCGACGUUGCGCGGAUCCAAAGCGAGAUUCUCCUCCCUUGUUAGUAUACACGGAGUGGCCUAUUUUGUUCUCUCUUUUUUGUAGCUAACACCGGAAAAAUCCUGGCGUUGUCGACUAGUGGAUUGAAAAGGUCUAGUCACGUUUCCAUGGAAUACCCGAUCGUGGACACAGAGGAGGUCGAAAUUGAAGUUGAAACAAGAAAAUGGAGUUCCUCUUCUGACCAGGCUGCGAAUGAAGCGAGAAAGUCGCACAAGAAAUCUCACAGCCUCGGUUACUUCAAGCGUCCAGGGUUUUUGUCAACAAAAGAUGUGUACCUUGAACUCGGAUAA